AUCGAAUACGCCUCGUGUUUCUGGCAACUCCGACAAGCAACACCGCCCUUCUCCGCCCUCCCUCUCCCAUACAUCUACCAUGGCGCCGCGCACGGCAAUUGCUCGCACCGCACGGGCAGCUCUGCAGGCGACGAGAAGCAGCGGACAGAGCAGCACCAAUGCGGCGCGUGCAUUCACAAUGUCAGCAUACCGGGGCAAAGAGCUUGCAGGAAAUAUCGGCGACCUGCCCAACAUGCGCCAUGCUCAGCGGAAUCCACAGGGCAGGCUGGAGGCGCCCAUUGUCAACCCGGCAGACAAAUACCAGGACAAGGCGCAAAGCCUGCACGCAUACGGCCAAUACUUGAUGUCAUGUCUGCCCAAGUACAUUCAGCAAUUCUCGGUCUGGAAGGACGAAUUGACCAUCUACAUCCCUCCAUCCGGCGUCAUCCCGACUUUCUCUUUCCUUAAAUACCACACAGCCGCCGAGUUCACAAUGGUGGCGGACAUUACUGCCGUUGACUAUCCCACGCGAGACCAGCGAUUUGAGGUUGUUUACAAUCUGCUUUCCGUCCGCCACAAUGCCCGAAUUCGGGUAAAGACCUAUGCCGAUGAGGCCACACCUGUACCAUCCAUUACGAGCUUAUACGACGGCGCCAAUUGGUACGAGCGAGAAGUCUACGAUCUGUUUGGAGUCUUCUUCGUGGACCACCCAGACCUGCGACGAAUUAUGACAGAUUACGGUUUCGACGGACAUCCACUGCGGAAGGACUUUCCAUUGACGGGGUACACUGAGAUCAGAUACGACGAGGAGAAGAAGCGAAUAGUGGUGGAGCCGUUAGAAUUGACACAGGCAUUCAGAAACUUUGAGGGAGGUACUUCGGCUUGGGAACAGGUUGGACCAGGACACGACCGAAAGCCAGAUACGUUCAAACUACCCACACCGAAGCCGGAGCCACCAAAGGAGGAAGAGAAGAAGAAGUAGUGAGUUUUGUUGCAGCAUCCUGAGCACUGUAGAGAUAUACCUGUACAUACAGAUCAAAAAGACGCUCGGAGCGAGUCC